AUGCAUUACCCGCCCCUCAAGGCCGGCAGCCUCCCCAACGGCAAUGGCUUCACGUCGGCGCCCAGCAUCUCGGCCACCAAGCACAAGGCCAUCGAGGAUGCGCGCGCCGCCCAGGCCCUGGUGCUGCGCGAGUGCGCCGCGGCCGAGCGAGAGGCGCCGCCGUACCAGCUGCUGGAGCUGAUCGGCAAGGGCAGCUUCGGGCGCGUGUACAAGGCGCGCAGCACAAACAAGCAAAAGGCCAGCCAGCUGGUGUCGGUCAAGGUCAUCAGCAUCGAGGAGGGCGACGGCAUCCAGCCGGGCGCGGCCGACACGCUGGGCGACAUCAUCAAGGAGGUCAACACGCUGAAGCUGCUGAGCAACACGGGCGCGCGCAACGUCAACGCCGUGCUGGACACGCACCUGGUCGGCCAGUCGGUGUGGAUGGUGACCGAGUACUGCGCCGGCGGCAGCGUCGCGUCGCUGAUGCGGCCCACGAGCGGCCUGGCCGAGCGCUGGAUCGUGCCGAUUCUGCGUGAGGUGGCCGAGGCGCUGUUCUGGGUGCACAAGCAGGGCAUCAUCCACCGCGACAUCAAGUGCGCCAACGUGCUCAUCACCGAGGCUGGCGGCGUGCAGCUGUGCGACUUUGGCGUCGCCGGCAUCAUGGAGACCAAGUUCGACAAGCGCAGCACCAUCACCGGCACGCUGCACUGGAUGGCCCCCGAGCUCUUCGACCCCCACGUCGCCUACGGCAUCGAGGUCGACAUCUGGGCGUUCGGGUCCAUGGCCUACGAGAUCGCCAACGGCCUGCCGCCAAACGCCACCGCCCGGAUCAACAUCCAGCAGUUUGGCGCCUAUCUGAAGCAGCACCAGCCUCGUCUGCAGGGCGACCGAUUCUCCGAAAACCUCAAGAACCUCAUCGCCUUUUGUCUGGUCGAAGAUCCCAAGCGCCGGCCGCCCAUCGAGGAGAUCCAACGACACCCGUACAUCUUCAAUACGCAGGACAGAUAUCCAACUGUCUCCCUGUCGAGGCUGGUGGCUGAUUACAAGUACUGGGAAUCGCAGGGGGGGAGCAGACAGUCGCUGUUCUCGGCUGGUGGCGCCCAGGGACCUCGAAUGGAUCGGUCGCCCGUGCGUCAAAGCGGAUGGGACUUUGGGAAUUUCGAUGAGGUGGACGAGCUCAUGUUCCAAAACACUGCGAAACCGCGUGUGCCUACUCCUGACUACUACCCCAGCGUUGCUUCUAGCCCUGAACCUGAACGGACGGCACGGCCAAUGCAGCGUGGUCGUCGUAGGCGACCGCCCCCGACCAUGAAGGAGCUCAAGGCUCCUCUAGAGAAAGUCUUUGACCCUUACACCAUCACCAACUAUGGAGAGAACUCGAGGGCCUGGUAUGGCAGGAUACCAAUGCCGCCUCCAACUUCGGCACCGCCAACACAGAGGAAACCAAAGCCCCCUACUUCGAAUCCAACUUCAAACCCCAACUCCAACCGGAGUACCACUCCAAAUUCCAACCCGGAACCACCAGCAGCAGCUCGCGAAUCAUUGAUUGAUCUUGAUCUUGCGAUGGAUGAAAUGGACACUCCCUUUUUGCCUAGCCUUGAAGAGGAGACUAUCAAGCCAGCUGCGCGGCCCAUCUCAAUCGAUCUCAGCGGAUCCGCUGAUGAGCGACGAAAGACCCAGGAUUGGAACUUUCCAACCAAGCGCGCCACUCAAGAAUGGUCAUUCUCGACGGCAGAUAAACGAGAUACGCAGGAGUGGACGUUUCCUUCGAACAAGCGUGAGACGACGGAGUGGAAGUUCCCGACCACUGAGAAACGAAAUACUCAGGAGUGGAGUUUCCCUACAGAGGAGAAGCGAAACACCCAAGAGUGGUCAUUUCCAACGAGUAAACGUGACACCACGGAGUGGACUUUCCCUGCCAUGACGCCCACCACGGCUACUUCUACCCCUAAUCCAGACAUGUUUAGCGAUAAUGAGGACUAUCCAACUAUAGUCCAUCAAGACGACGAUAUGAAUUCCGCGGCCAAUCGUGAAUCGGCCAUGAGUCUCAUUGAUCUUGACGCUUCUCUGACGGAUGACAUCAGCUAUAGUGGUCCCGACUCGUUCGUGCCAAGCUCUCACAAUCGUUCAUCUGGUUCAGUCCACGGAUCGCUGGCGUUCGACCUAGAGCUGGAAGCGGACACUGGAGACGCAGACAUCAACACGAGAGAACCCUCACUAUAUAUUGAUGAUGAUAUGGAAUCGGUUCCUUCUCUCACGCGCCAGCCGAGCGACCUGCAAAGCACUCCCACGACCCCUGACGAGAGAUCAAAUCUCGCGUGGGAGCCGUCUGGCCUGGGAAUCAUGACGAGCGCUCGAAACUCCCUCAUGAGCUCCAUGCCACCCCUUCCUGGUGCUCCCUCACCAAACGUCCUGCAGGGGCUGGGUUCCCAGGAAGACUUGAAGAAUGAACUGCAUCUCAUGAUAUCGAGUAUGAGGGAACACCUCUUAUACGCAAACGAUUGGUUAAAAACAUUUGAUACCCCUACAGCAGAAAGAGAAGAAGGAGAAUACGACGAGGAAGAGGAAGAAGCAGAAGUGGAGGCAGAAACAUAA